GCGGCUGAGUUAACCCAGUCAAUGAUCAGCGCGUUUUUUUUUAUUCUGUCUCUUUUUUUGGGGGGGAAGGUUGUUUUCCUCCCGUCUCCUGUUUACACCGAUCUGAGCUGUGGGAGGAGGAAGAGGGAAGUUGGCGAUUUGUGGAGAGGGCGAGCCGCUGCUGCCGAGGAUCCGGGAGGUUUUAAUUUCACUCCAAUCAAUUGGUCCUUUCCUCGCUCACCCGAAACUGGACCCAGAGAAGGUCAGGCGGGGAUCGUGGGUUUCAUGCUGGGCUCCUCCAGAAUGGUUACCAGUCAGUUAUUAUAUGUGGUCCUUCUAAUCUCCACUCUCUCCGAGACUCCUUUGAUCGAUGCACGGACACUGCCGCAACAAGGAGACAUUCAGGAUGAAGUGUUCCUCGAGGAAAGCCAAGCAACUGGCUUCUUGCGUCGGAAGCUGAUGUACAAUAGCUGGGAUUUUGAACUCAUCACCCCUGGAAAUCUGCAGCGAGAAUGCUAUGAAGAAAUCUGCAAUUAUGAGGAAGCUCACGAAAUCUUUGAGGAUGACGCGAAGACACAAGCGUUUUGGGAGAAGUAUGUGAAAGGUAUGAAACCAGAUGGCCCCACUGCUCACAGGUUUGACGUCGCUGGGCUGGUAGCAGGACUGAUUGGUGGAUUUGUUCUCCUCAUCCUCAUUGGGCUGCUCGUCAUCUACUUUUGCAAACAAAGGGGGAAGAGAGCUGACAGACCACCCGAGUAUCGCGGGCGAACCUCCAACCCAGCCAACCAAUCGGCUGCUGAGCCAAGUGAAGAGCUGCCCUUGACCAAUCUGGAGACGAAUGCCCCUGGGCUUCCCUCGUAUGAGGAGGCAUUGACGAAAUCAGGACAUUAUGAUGCCCCUCCCCCACCAUACGCAGGUGGAGCUACACGUGAGCAGCAACCAAGCUGAAACUCAGCACCUUUGCAGUUUGAAUCUGUGAGUCAAGUUUUGAGACAUGGAGAAGGGAAGGAACGAGCUGCUGGACAGUAUUUUGAGGAUCAUCAUAAUCAUAAAUGAAGAUCAUGAUUUUACCAAACGAAAUCUCCCCCCCCCACUCGGGCACCUGGCAUCACAUUCCUCCAACUAAUCUUCUUGAGCCAACAAGUCGAUCGGUUUCUUCAGGCGCCUUUUAAGUUGUAGCUCGUCUCUUCUCUUUCUUUUAAAACUUUGUAAAUAAUUUGUUGCUCCAGAACUGAACACUGGACUUUGCAAGUGCUGUUGAAAUAUUUCUCUGGGUAACCCAUGGCUGGGUCUGAGGUGCCGUUCAGAUGGAAGCACGGCUGGAGGUCUGAUUUGCUUCGACUUCACUUGAAAUUGCAUCCCUUGGAGUCUCCUUUCAAUCUGAGUAGCAGGACAGCAGCUGCAAUUGGACUCGGUACCUCUGACCUCUUCUCUCUCUUUUUACUUCCCUCCACCACCUCCUCCCAGCCCAUUAUUGGGAGAGGGUGUGGAUGCGCAAUGGAAUCGGGCACUAUUUUCAAUCCUGAUUGCUAACCAGUGAUUUGCGUUGCCAGGUUUUGAGUGUGCUGGGGAAAUAGUGUUUGAAGGCAAAGCCCCAUUUCAGGUGGCAUUGUGUGAACGAGCAAUUUGCCUUUAGGGACCAAGGGUUUUACCCUCUGCCCUCAUCCUCUGGAGGGAGCAUCACCUUAGGGAACCAAGGGGCAGAAUGUGAGUAACAAGGGACUUUUUUUUUUCUCUCUCCCUAUUUUGUAACCAAGAACAGGAUUUCUCUUUGGACUGUCCAAUUCCUCUGACAACUGAAUGGUUUACUUGACUCCAGACUUCAGUUUCCUAUGCCUCACCUGUUUCCAAAAGUCUGGAGGGAAAUGCCAGUUAAUCCUGAUGAAGCCCUCCUCCUGAUAAUGAUGUUGACCUUGACCCCGAUCUAUUGCGCCUCUUGCUGAAAAGAGAAGCAAAAUAAAACAAACCAUAAACGUUUACUGUUUGAAGCAAUUCUGCAUUUGGGUAGCAAUUACUAAGCAGUCCCAAGUGUGCUAAUGGCUGCACUAACCACCAAUUUAAGGUCAUCCAUCAAGCUCAUAUGUAGCUUAUUCACAUUUGAUAGCUGGAACAUGCCUUCACUUGCAUGUUCUCUGUAAAGAAAGGAAAUUGUCCAAGACUUCCAUCAUUUUGUUUUGAAUUUCCUGGGAGUAUGGGAAGCCUGUUGCUUUCUCCAUGGCAAGGCUUCACCCAACGAGAGUUGAUUUGCCAAUCAGCCGGCACUAUUUUCUCCUGCAGUGUAAAUUGUUGUGAUCAUGCCAAAUUUGGCGUUCUUGCAUUUGUCCUGAUAAGCACAAGAUGACAAGUUUGAACAACAUGUCUGCCUUUUUAGCAGAAUUUAACUUUUGUCCUACAGUGAGUAACCACUGUGACAAAGUGCUUUUCUGUAUGUCCCAGGCAGUAGUGUAUUAAGCUCAGAGUUGCUGCAGCCACAUGUGCUUAUUACCUACACGUUGUAGCCCAGAGUUACAGAUAGUGAUAGUGGAGGCUCCAGUAUUCUUUUCAUCAAACAACUAACCCAGAAAUCUCUCCUGCCAUUGCCACUUGCCUUUGGCAGUUUUUGAAAGGAUUUACAGAUUGAUACUUAAUCUGUUUGGUCACAUUAUGAACACACCUUCCUUGAUUGUUGAUCCUGGACUGAGACUUGAACCUGGAGCUUCUGAGUUAACAGGCAGAGGUGCAACCCACUGCACUACCAGUUGUCCUCUGCAGAAGCCUACUCUGGCUCCUAUUUGGUACUUACGUUCCCUCACAGACUGUAAAAGCUCCCUUUGUAUUAUUAGCAAGAGAGGUUGGGAAGUCUCUCUGGUGUCCUGGCCAAUAUUUGUCCCUCUACUAAGAUCAACACAGACAAAAACACGAGACGAUCUGGCCAUUUAUCAUACUGCUGUUUUGGGAGCUUGCUGUGCGCAAGUUGGCUGUUUGCUUUCACUACAUCACAGCAACUACACCUCAAAAACGGUCAGUAAGAUCCGAGGCCCACUUUCUCUCCUGUCUGUCCAUCUUCACAGCCUGACCGUCAACAUAGGCCUGUGAACACCCCACUGUCCUCAAACAAACCAUGUACAGCUUUAACCUGAGCUCAGGAGCCACUGGCUUGCCUUUCCUGACCACUCCCCUUAGAUACUAAUAGCAAGACAGGUGGUGUGUAGGGGGUAGAAUUGGGAAUGUGUAUUAGGUCAGGUUGAUGCAGGUCACCAGAGAAAUAUGACCAUUUUUUGCACCUCAGCUGAGUACAGACCAUUUGCCCACUUUAGCCUUCCUACCAUAGGUUUGAGUUGGCACUAUGCUGCACCAUGCUGACCUUUGCUUUGACCUGAACAUGAAUGCCAUCCCUAUGGAGUUCCACAAUACUGGUUUGGGAAGGGAGGGGUCAGGAACAGUGCAGGGGUGGGUAGUGGGUACUGAACUCUGAGACAGUGCGGCACUAGGACUAAGUGGAGACUUUCUGUCUGCACCUGAGCCCUUCCUUCCAAGGGACAUGCUGUCACAAUGAUGUCACCUUAGGAUGGGGAUUAGUUUUUGGAGGAGGGGCAGUCACAUACCUUUAUUGUCAAAUGGUAAGGAUGAAAGGAGAGAGAAUGGACCUCCAUCUGAUAUGAGAAUGACCAGUGAUUUCACUGCAUUUGAAACAAUUUUUCUUUGUAUUGACACUGCCAAUAGGAACUAGACUUAUAAACUCUCCUCAUAGAUACAAUGUAGUGAUACCCAUCAAGAAAACAAAAAUGAGUGGGCCCUCUAUUUAAGGUUAGGUGAGUGUCAAUGACUGAGCUGGGGAUGGGGAGCAGAAUAUGACCCUGUGAGAUGCUACAUGUACCACAGGUCUCUGUUUAGACUCAUGGCCCUCAAGUAAAGCCUGAACCAGGGCCUUCUUGGGUGAGGACAGCCUGGAUCUGUGAAGAUGUCGCCAAGCAGAAGUUAAAUGAUUGUAGGGUUGCCAAAACCCAUCAGCAGCCUUAAGCCAGACAAUGGUGGAGGGAACAAAAAAGUCUUCCCUCCAAAUUUGGGAAGCACAUACUUGUGGAUGUGAAGGUAGAAUGUGGGAUAGGCUGGUGUUACUGACUGUAAUUAGGCCUACAUUGGACCUUUGGCUAAAGAGUAAAAUAUUAUUUCUCCCCCUGCCAUUGCCAAAAAUCUUAAUGAUAAGUGUUCAGUGAAUAUGGAAAAUUAUUUAUUUCUGCUCAGAGGGGAAAAAAGGGGUAAAGAGGGUAGGUGGUGGCAGGAGAAAAGGCUAACUUUUGCGGUGUUGACAACCUCUGACCCUCAUAUACAUGCGUUGAUCACGGAGCAAGCCCACCCAGUUUUAAUGAAAUCUGUCACUGCAAACAAAAUGCAAAUUGGUUCAAGAAUGUUAGACUCUUAAAGAGAAUAACCUGAAUGUUUACAGAAAACAAGUGAUUAACACUUUUCUGGACUAACCCCCACCUCAACACAGCCCGUCUUGGAAUUAAUCCCAGAAAUGGGAACUGUUGUCAGGGAAAAAACAGUCAUUCCUGUAUCCAACCUAAUAAAUUACGAAUGGGGGUGGGGAUGAAAUGGUAUGAUUUCUGAACCUAAAUUGUGGAAGGACUGGGCCUUGGUAUUCAUGUUUGGGUUUCCAUGGUAACCAGGCCUUGACUUAAUAACAGCACCUUGCCCAUGCUAAUUGAUUUAAUAAAGGAAGGUACAGGGAGGGUUCUGAGGACUUGGGACUAAGUGACAAAAUUGCACCAGAGUGCACAAUUUUUCAGAAAUAUUCCCAAAAUAAGGUGAGGGAGGUGGGAUUGAGGAUGAUUAUUGCUUGUUAUGUAAUCUUUAGAGUAAAAGGAGUUUUUUUUUCCCCAA